AUGUGCUGCUGGGCCGCGGACGCGCAGAGGUGGGCUGACACGCGGUCGCACGCUAGGGCCGAAGUCGUCGGCGGCGUCCUGCACAGGGGCUUCGGCGUCGGCAACUUCGUCCGGUCCGCCCCCUUCGCCGCCGGCGGCCACCAGUGGUACAUCCGGUACUACCCCGACGGAUACACCCAGGACACCAUGGACUACGUCUCCGUCUUCCUCGAGAUCAUGAGCAAAAGCAACGAGGCGAGCGUACACUUCAACUUCAGGCAGGUCCACCAGGACACCGGCCGGUCAGUGUCCGUGUCCUCACUACACAAGGUGUUCAAUGAGAACACCUACUGGGGCCUCCCAAAGUUCAGGAAGAAGAGCGAUCUCGUUGCCCAGGGUUACCUCAAGGACGACUGCCUCGAGAUCGAGUGCGACCUCACCGUGAUCAAAGUGGGAGAGAUCGACGUGACGCCGCUGCUGCAGAAUGUCGGGGACCUGCUGGAGUCGAAGGUGGGCGUGGACGUCACGUUCAAGGUCAAGGAAGAGGCUUUCCACGCCCACAGGAUCGUGCUCGCGGCGAGGUCGCCGGUGUUGAAGGCGGAGCUCUACGGGCCCUUGAGUGACAAGGGGAAGCGGAGCAUAGUGGUCGAGGACAUGGCGCCUCGUGUUUUCAACACGCUGCUGCACUUCGUCUACAAGGAUUGCCUGCCCGCCAUGGACGACCUCGAUGGCAGCGAGUAUGAAGAGAUGGGGAAGCAUCUUCUUGUGGCUGCUGAUAGGUAUGGCAUGGAGAGGAUGAAGCUCGUGUGCGAGAGCAUCCUUUGCAACAGGCUUUCUGUCGAGACAGUGGCCGCCACUCUAGUUCUUGCCGAUCAGCAUCACUGCGCCAAGCUCAAAGAUGCUUGCAUUCGAUUCAUCGACUCCUCGAAUAGAAUGGAUGAUGUGGCAGCAAGUCAAGGCUACGAGAGCCUCAAAAGAGCAUGUCCUGUUCUUACUGCAGAACUGUGGGAGAAAUCGGCAAAAUCUCGCAAGCUGUAG